GCGUAAGUUAUCGUUUCGCGUUGGCAGGACAGGAUGCAGAGGACCUGCAGGGAUACAUUGCAUGAGAGCACUGCCGAACGCAAACAUUCAUUCAUACGCAUUUAAUUUACCCGUAUAUAAUUAAUACAAGAGUGCGCCUGCAUCUAUUCCUUACUAUAUAGUUACUACUACAACUUUUUUUAUUAUUUGGGGUGAGUCGUGACUUGUGAGUCGAUCGACAUUUGUUUCAUGGGCGACGGCCAAUUCGCAUGCAUACGUCCAAGCAACGCAAUUUCUCGCUUGAAAUCGCUGCAGGCGAGAACACUGACUGCGGUGGCAGCGAGAUAAUAUUAUCAGCGAAUGAAAGGAGACCGGUUGUGCGAAUAACAGCAGCAGAGCACCGCCGGACGCCGCCGCACAAUGCCUCUACCAAAGCGGCUCGUCGAACCGGUGCACGUCGCACGCGGCACCCUGCCGCAGUGCGACUUCCCGUUACCCUCCGAACUCGAGGCGGUUACCAACGGGACGCUUGCCAACACCGUGCGUCAAUUGUCGUCGCUGUCGCGGCACGCCGAAGAUCUCUUCGGUGAGCUGGCGCGCGAUACGCACCAGUUGUACGAUCGCUCGAAUUCACUGCAGGCGCGCAUUGAUCGCCUUGCAAUCAAAGUCACACAACUCGAUAGCACCUACGAGGAGGUGUCAUUACAGGAUAUUCAUAAUCGCAAGGCGUUCAAAAGUUCUUCAGGCUUGGAACAACAGAUAUUUUCUAGGAAUACAAUGCCGACUGCUAUGCAGGAAACGUAUCAGUCGUGCGAUAAACCGCCGCCGCUGUCGUUACUGAACAAAUUCCGCGACGAUGAUAAGGAUAGCUUGAAAUUCUACACGGAUCCGAACUAUUUCUUCGAGCUGUGGCGUGAAGAAGUCUUGAAGGAUACGGAGCGCGCGAAGCAGGGCAAGAAACCGCACAAACCGCGUAACGCGCAGAGCACGGAUGGCUCACGACAGAAGAAGCGCGUGCGCCAACCGGUGAAGACAAUCGACCGCCAUCGUGACAUCGCCGUCGGACACGGCGAGUAUCUCAUUCCUACCGAACAGCCGCGCGCAUUACAGCCGGCGCCACAACAGCAGCAGCCGCCAAUGCAUCCGCAAGCGAUGCAACCCGCACAGGCUAUGCACAUGAACCAAAUGCACUACCGCAGCCCGAUGCAGAUGCAGGAGGAUAUGCACAACAUGCUCGAACGGCCGAAUCGACCGAACUCGAUCGAAAUUCGCCGAUCUUAUCAACAGGAGAUGCCCGAUGGUGUGCACUCGCCAAUGUACAUGCCCUACGAGGAUCAGAACCAAUACCAGCCGGGUAUGUAUGGCGGGCAUGCGCAACUCAACGAACAACACUACCAGCCGGGCACGCCCACGCGUAAAAUACGCCCAACGCAGCCGCCGCCAGCGCCACCUAGCAACCAAUCUACACCGUCGGCGAAUACACCGACGCGAGGCCGUAGUAUGUCUGCGGGCAGGGAUAAUCUGCCGCCUCCACCGCCGCCGCCCGAAGCAAUGAUGUCACCACCGAAUGGUAUUCCGGCGCAUCUGAUUCGCCAGACGAGCGGUUCGCGUUCCAACAGUCCGCAUUCACACCAGGGCACGCCUGAACCCGAUCAGGAUCUGCCGCCGCCGCCACCGGUACCCAAACAGGCUUCACCGCCUAAACAAGCCACUCCCGUUCAGGCACCGCCUCCUCCACCUCCUCCGCCAAUGCCGUUGCUUGCCAACGGCCCUGCCAGUCCACCGCCUCUACCCAUCACAAAUGGCGAUCUCGCGAAGAUUCUAAACUCGGCACCGCCUAAGUUAACACCGCCAAAGGAGCGCGCUAUUCAAAAAGCACCGCCUAUGGUGGACCCACGCAAUGAUUUAUUAAAAGCAAUCCGCGACGGCAUCAAACUCCGCAAGGUGGAGAAAAUCGAGCAGAAGGAGGUGGAGCGCGGCAAUGGUCUACACGACGUGGCGAGUAUUCUUGCACGGCGUGUGGCGGUUGAGUUUAGCGAUUCGGAUUCAGCCAGCGAUUCCGACUGCGACAGCGAGGGCUGGGGCGAAAACGAGACGUCCGCGUGACACCGACGCAAGGCUAGUACUUCUAGCCAUUCCUACGUCUAGGCGGUGAGUGGGGAAGGGUUUGUCACGCGCAAGGGGCGUGAAGGCAACGAAUGCUACGACGGGGCGAGAGCGAGAAUAGAAGAAGCGGUGCCGGCUGCACCUGUGGGCAGCAGGCACCGAUAGGACACUACACAGCAACAGCACACAAAGGGAUAAAACGCUAGUAAGUAAAUUAAUUUUAUUUAAGGUGGAUUGACGCGACGGAAAGCCAAAAAAAUUCAACACGAAAAUGAGAUAGUGAUUUAUGGCGCGUGGGUGGAUAUUAUUAUAUCGGGUAUUAUUAAUCAGUACGAAUUAGAGAAGCUUCCUGUGUAAUGAUAUUUUACAAUACCUAAGCUCCUUUACGCAAGUACUAUAAACAUUCAAAUAAGAGCAUAAUCAUAAGAAAUUUUCAAAAAUUCCACAUCGCAGGGCGCAGCACCCAAAAAAAAAAGGUAAACAUAGCCGUACGCAUGCAGGAAUUACUGCUGGCGCCUUGUAAGCGACAUCUAUGUAAGUAAACGACGAAACCUAAUUAAAACUUAAGGAGCAAACAAGCAAAGAAAAAACACGAUUGGGAUAAAGACAACCAAAACAUAAAAAAAAAUUAUUAACAUACUAGUAAUAUACAUUUACAACAUUCAUAUAAAAAUAAUUAGUGACUUUGUAAAAUAUUUAUACUGUAUUAAUCAACUUUUGUGUAUGUCAUGGGAAUAAAACAAGAAACGACUUGCAAUAA